AUACAGAGGCCUGUUGUCAGCAAUGCAGCUCAUACUUGCAACCCUCUUGCUCCUCCUCUCGCAGGCACUCCCUGUCCUUGUCCCUGUCGUGGCAGAAGAAGGAGUCGCACCAGCCCAUGCAUGCUCUGAAACCUGCCCAAAGGCUCAUCCCCCAGUAUGUGCAAAGAAUGCAGCGGAAGCCUUUGAAAUCUUCGACAACUCCUGCAUGUUCGACAAGGCAAAUUGCGAGGGACUUGAUAUUGUCCAGUACCAGACCACUGAUGCCGAUGGCGCUCCAAUCGAAGCCAAUGGUAUAUUCCAUGACAUCUGGGCUUUAGUGCUCAAUUGGCUGCCCGAGAGGAACCGGUGGUGGCGCUGCAAGACGAAGAGGAUUGGUUGUGACCGUGACUGA